AAUACAACAAGUAGAGAAUGGAGCACGCUGAACCUUUGUGAAACAUUUUGUAAAGCAAUGGCAGCAAGUUACGCUGAAAAUGAACUGAAUUUGCUUCCAGCUAUCUAUGAUGUAAUACGAAGUAUUGAGAAGGACUCCCAUGAUGUGAAUCAAAAGAUGACUGAUCUUAACCAGCUGCAGAAAGCUCGAGAAAGUGUUGAUAAACUUUCUGGCAUCCAAACAAGCAAAGACGAACAAUUGAAAAAGAUUGCUGUGCUCCGUAAGCAGCUGACGUUGAAGACUGAGUUACUGCAGAAAUACAAGAAACUGAACAAUUUUGAAUUAGGACAUUGAGGCUGUUCUUGUUAUAGAUUC